AUGAUGAGACGAAGGGGUGGAGGAGGAGGAGGAGGAGGAGGAGGAGGAGGAGGAGAGAGAAUUGGAGGAGCGAGAGGAAUUGCCGCAGGGACGGCGCGUUACAAGCUGCAGAGCGUGACCGUGUCGGGAUUCAAGUCGUGGACAAGCACGGCCAGAGUCGUGUUUGGGCACGACGGCUUGUCCUGCAUCACCGGCCCGAAUGGCUCCGGCAAAUCGACACUGCUGAACGCUAUCCUUUUUGGACUCGGGGAAAACGCCAACCAGCUCGGGGCUAAGCAGAACGCGGAACUCGCGUCGGCGGCGCAUGCCGAAGUGGAGCUCUUGUUCCGUGGCGUUUCGCGCGGCGUCAGCGAUGCCAAGGUUUCGUCAGCCGUUUCUCGGGCCAACGGCCAGCGUACGUACGCCUUCAACGGACAGAGGCUGCCCAAGCACAGGUUCGAUCACUUCCUCCGGACACGCCUCGGCAUCGCUACGGGCAACCCUUUCUGGAGGGUCAGCCAGGACGGCAUCCACCGCCUGCCCACAGAAAGGUAG